AUGACUAAACUCUUUAUCAUCAUCCUUAUCACGGCCCUUGCCGCAUUUAAUUUAGCUCUUGGAGCCCCCGCAUCAUACAGUCCUUCGAUACGAGGAGGGAAAAGCAUUCUAGAGGGUGACCUUCAGAACCAUCAGUUCAAACGACAUGCAGUUGUUCCUGAGCUUUACGCCCGCGAUCCUUUUUUUGGUCGGAUAUUUAGGGGCAUCAAGAAGGCUGUUGGAUCGGUUGGCAAAGUCUUUGGCGCAGCUCGCAAAGUCAUUAGUACAGCUGGCAAAGUCAUCGGUACAGCCAAGAACGUGGUGGGAACCGCUGGUAAAAUUGCUAGCUUUCUCCCCAGAGAACUCGAAGAGGUCUCCGAAAGGGAAUACCACGACGAGCUUUUUGAUCGCGAACUCGAUAACAAUCUUUUUGAGAGAGAAUAUGACGAAGAACUCGUUCGUGAAUUCAAUGACGCUGCCAUGGAUGGGCUUGACUAG